AUGUCGUUCAAAGCAUGGACAACCGUUACUGUGCGCGGCCGAUACACAGCGUCGCUGGAGACAUUCCGCGUCCGGUGUUUAGGCGGGUUCGCCGCGAUCUGCACUGCGUGCCAGCAUACAAGCCUCGUCACACCCAACAUCCACCACGCCCUGCUAUGCACACACUGCCAGCAGCCACUGACCCUGCCUCUCGACGCGCACUUUGCCUGCCCGGCCACGCUGGAGCCGCAGUUUUCCAUCCUGGAGGCAUUUGACAUUGAAGCCGACACCAGCAAUGACAUUGUUGUUGGCUUUGCAGACGUGACUGGCGUGCAGAAUGGCGGAAUCUGGGCGUCUGUUGUGCGUCUGUGCUCGCGCCAGACAUCAAGCAGCCGGCGGGUGCUGGCCGUGAUGUCGGCAGGCAUGGUGCGCUGGUACGUGGUGCGCAAGAGCCUGCUAAAGGGCGAGCUGUCGUUUGAGCUGGUCGACAGGAUGCGGCUGGGAACGCACACGAAGCUGGUGAUGCAUGGCUCAGGGAGGCGUGUGGUUGUGCAGGGCAUGGGCACGGCUGCAGAGAUGGAUGUUGGGUCGAGGAUCGUUGCCGAUUUGUGGUUCCACGAGCUGGCGGCCAGCAUCCGUAGAAGCCCGCAUGGCCCGGCCAGCACAAAGCUUGCAUACAUAGAUGACAGCUAUGACGGAUACACCAGCUCGGGUCUCGAUGACGACAGCCAUGAGGCGGACGAUGACGCUGAAACAAUCUUCAGCAUGCUUGACGCCGCUGAGAACGACGAGGCAGCCAGACAGCACAACGUGCGCAUUGGCCUGGUGCCGUCAAUGUAA